AUGUUUCUGCCCACCUCCAGAAAUCGUCCUACCGCCAACGUCAGGUGCAUAGUUUGGAUAAUUUUGAGGUGCGACUCGUGUGCCUGCGCGCUUUGGACCUGUGGGGUGGUCUUGGGAGCCCCCCGAGGACGUGCUCUUGGCAUUGUUCUUGGGGUUUCUUGGGACGCUGGCACAGUAUAUUAUCUUGUUUGUAUGUCUGUCUGUCUCUCCGUCUUUUGGACCAGACCUGGACGCCCGAGCAUGAGUCGCCAAGGGCUGGCCACUUCCUGUGCUAGCAGCUCACCAAGCUCUUCCAGGCCGAAUGGAGGUGACUGUCGGACAGAAGCUGUCCUCGCUUGUAGCCAGCAGUGUUCGAAGGAGAGCACGCGAAGCAUGAAGGGCUUCCAUGAGGUCAAGACGACGUCGUGGACACCUGCCCAAAGCAAGAAGCAACUUCAGCAGGCGCAGCGUGUAGUAGAUCAAACCCUGCAGAUCUUGGCCAUGGGCGUUCCUGUUCGAGUUCCGCAAAAGGAUGCAGACUACAGGCUGGGUAUUUCGCAGGACUGCAAGACGCUGGAGCUGCACGUGGGAGCUGAGACAGGGCAGCGGCAGCAGAUACGCAUGCCUUUGAGCCAGGUUGUGGACAUCAGCUUUGGAGCGAGCCAAGACAGCCUCGUGCUGCGCUUCAGCGAUGUCUUGUGCAGGGAGGCAAUGGAGUUGAGCUUCUUGGAUGAGGAUCAGCGCUUGCAGGUGGCUUUGACACUGAAGGUGCUCAGAGCGAGGUUGCAGUGA